GAAGAUUGGUAACCGAAAACCCUUUUGAAUGUUUGUGAAAUUUUUAGUUUUCUUUCUUUCUUUCUUUUCUAAUUUUUUCCCGUCUAUAUCUGACCAAUGUAGUUUUAGGCUAAUCGUUUAGGAUCCAUAUGAGCACAUGUGUGCCUAUCUAUUUAGAAUUGGUGUUGGAACAAAAGUUUGGUUGUAAAUAUGGGAAUAGGGAUGAAGGAGUUAUUUUCUUUUGUAUUGCUAGCACUUCUGUUGAGCGCACGAGAAGCUUUGGGGAUUAGAUUUGUGAUUGAUAGGGAGGAAUGCUUCUCUCAUGAUGUUAAAUAUGAAGGGGAUACAGUUCAUGUUUCCUUUGUUGUUGUCAAGACUGACUCAUCUUGGCAUUAUACUGAAGAUGGUGUUGAUCUCGUAAUAAAGGGACCUUCUGGAGAUCAAAUUCAUGAUUUUCGAGACAAGGUAAGUGAUAAGUACGAGUUCAUGGCACGACAAAAAGGCGUCCACCAUUUUUGCUUCACCAACAAGUCUCCGUACCAUGAAACCAUCGAUUUCGAUGUACAUGUUGGCCAUUUUUCAUACUAUGACGAGCAUGCAAAAGAUGAGCAUUUCAAACCCUUGCUAGAUCAGAUAUGGAAGCUAGAGGAGGCUCUUUAUAACAUUCAAUUUGAACAGCAUUGGCUGGAGGCUCAGACUGAACGUCAGGCGAUAGUUAAUGAAGCAAUGAGCCGGAGGGCAGUUCACAAAGCCUUCUAUGAAUCAGCAGCAUUAAUUGGUGCUAGCGUUCUGCAAGUUUACCUUCUCCGCCGCCUAUUUGAACGGAAGCUUGGAAUAUCCAGAGUUUAACUUAUACGCCCCUGCGGCAUAGUUGUAGCAUCGUGCAAAAGUUUUCUCAUAUUAGACUUGUAUUUCUUUCCUAAUUGCUUUAGGAAGAAGAGGACAUGUAUAGAAUUAGAAACCCUUUAUUUUAAAUUAUUAAAAAAGCUUUGUCCC